AAGCCCAAUCCAAAUCUAAACCCGAAAACUAGAAGAAGGAUCAUUCGUUCAUAUUUGUUUCUCCUAUUAUUGCUUCUGUCUCCACCACCACCUAUCGUCGCCUACGUACCAUCACCCCUGCCCCCGACCACCGCUUCUCCAAACAAGAUCAAGGUUUUCUUCUUCUCAGGCUUGCAUUGGUUCUCAGUUUCAUACAUCGAUUUUGGAUUUUGGAUUCAUAGGAACUGGGAAGUUAUUGAAGGAAAACAUCUGGGUUACAAGUUUAAAUGGCGUCAUCUUCACUGAUAACCCCAGAAGAUGUGUUGGAAAUGUUGAUGAACGAUGGCACCAUUGAUUCUCUCAGACUGAAGAUCAUUAACCAGCUCAAAGCCAAUGAAGAACUCAAGAAUACUACUAUUAAAAUGGCAGAACAGAGUAAGGUUCUUAAUACUCCUGGUGCCGAAAAACAAACCAAGAGAGAGCUUUUUGAUGCACUCAGACAAGAACUCGAGACUCCGGUACUUGAGAAGGCCUCUAAGUCGGUCUGGGAUCUAAUUUUAGACAAUAAUGGACUGGGUAAGGAAAUCAGUGAAACAGUUGAAAGGGUAUUUUGUCGAUUGAGUGGUCGGGAACCUCCGUUGUUUCCUACCUCCGAUGCUGAAACUCAAACCGAUAAAGAUGUCACAAUUGAGAAAGCAAAAGAGAAGAAUGAUGAGAAUGAAAUGGAGAAAUCAAAUUCGGCCCCAAAGAAAAGGAGUUAUAAUGAAAUAAGUACAGCAGAAGAAAAUGAUUUAACAAGCAAGCAUGAUGAUUCUUCCUCUUUAGCAGAAGAAGCUAGUAAAUCUCCACUGAAAAGUUCCAAGGCAUGAACUCUUAAACAUUUUGAGAUUUUUUGGCAACAUUACAUGUGUAUGAAUAGGUUUUGACAUUUGUAUUUAUUCCUUCUGUAAUGAUUUUAAUCCAGCUCAAUAAUUUUUUGAAGAGUUAUCUUGUUUGUUGAAAUUCCUGAAUUUGUCUCCGUAAUUUUACAGGCCUCACCAUUUAUUUCUAUA